AUGGAGCACUGUAGUCACUCUGUACAAAGCAACCGCCACCACCACAAAGGCUCACUGGCACUCUUCUGCAUUAACCAGCAUCAAAGAAGAAUGGGAAGUUUCAGAUACGUUGGCAGAUGUCUGAGCUUGAACAAGACAAUGGAGAAAUGGGGUUGCAGAAAGACUGAUGAGAAAGGUAGAAGAUCUUUCCAGUUGGAGGACUCUCCAGACUGUAGUAGAGACUUUUUGGAGGUCCGUGAAGGAAAUGCCACAGGUCACUUGGUGGGACGAUAUUGUGGAAACGCUGUCCCUCACAACUACUCAUCCGUGGUUGGGCAUAUUCUGUGGGUCAGAUUUGUCUCUGAUGGCUCAAGCAGUGGCACAGGCUUCCAGGCUGAAUUUACUAAGAUAUUUGGCAAUGAUAAUAUUGUGGGAACUCAUGGGAAAAUCGCCUCUCCCUUUUGGCCCGGAAAUUAUCCCCAUCACUCCAAUUACAAAUGGACAGUGAAUGUGAACAUGUCUCAAGUUAUCCAUGGUAGAAUCUUGGAGAUGGACAUCGAAACAACACAGAACUGCUACUAUGACAGAUUACGGAUUUAUGAUGGUAUUGACAUUCAUUCCCGCCUAAUCGGAACUUACUGUGGUACCCAGACAGAAUCUUUUAGCUCCAGCAGAAAUUCUUUGACAUUUCAGUUUUCUUCUGACUCUUCAGUGUCAGGGAGGGGAUUCCUUUUGGAGUGGUUUGCAAUAGAUGUUCCCGGUGACUCUUCACCUACCAUUGCUACAGGUGCUUGUGGUGGGUACCUGACAACAGGAGAUCUGCCCAUCUUUCUUUUCUCCCCGGGCUGGCCUGAGAACUACUACAAUGCCGUUGACUGUACAUGGCUUAUCUACGCUCCUGACUCUACGGUGGAACUCAACAUCCUCUCGUUGGACAUUGAACCUCACCGAACAUGUGCAUAUGAUAGGCUUAUGAUAAGAGAUGGAGACAAUAGCAGGGCCCAGCAGCUAGCUGUGCUCUGUGGCAGAGAGAUCCCCGGGCCCAUCCGGUCCACUGGAGAAUACAUGUUUAUCCGCUUCACCUCUGACCUCAGCGUCGUGGGAGCAGGUUUCAAUGCCUCCUUUCACAAGAGCUGUGGUGGAUAUUUGCAUGCAGACAGAGGGAUUAUCACAUCCCCCAAGUACCCAGAGACCUACCCUCCCAACCUCAGCUGCUCUUGGCAUGUCCUGGCCCAGACUGGUCUGUCUAUUGCCGUCCAUUUUGAACAGCCCUUCCAGAUUCCAAAUGAAGAUUCUUCUUGCAACCAUGGGGAUCACUUGGUGCUAAAAAAUGGACCAGAUAUCUCAUCUCCACCCUUGGGGCCCCAGGGAGGAAAUGGUCAUUUUUGUGGCAGUCGACCUUCAUCAACUCUGUUCACAUCAGACAAUCAAAUGUUUGUUCAGUUUAUUUCUGACAAUAACAAUAAUGGAGGGCAAGGAUUUAAGAUCACAUAUGAGGCAAAGAGUUUAGCCUGUGGGGGAAAUGUCUACAUCCAUGAUGCUGAUUCUACUGGAUACGUUACCUCUCCCAACUAUCCUGCCAGUUAUCCCCAGCACAUCGAUUGCAUUUGGAUCAUAGCAGCCCCUCCAGGAAAGAGCAUAAGGCUGCAAUUUGAAGAUCAAUUCGAUAUUGAAGAAACACCCAACUGUACUUCGAGUUACCUUGAGUUGCGGGAUGGAGUUGAUUCAAACGCACCAGUGCUUUCCAAAUUUUGUGGGAUAUCUUUACCCAAUAGUCAGUUGUCCUCAAGAGAGGUGAUGUAUUUGAGAUUCCAGUCUGGCAGCAGCACCACCCACGUGGGAUUCAAGGCCAAAUAUUCCAUAGCCCAGUGUGGAGGAACAGUAACAGGGCAGAGUGGAGUCAUUGAAAGUGUUGGAUACCCAACCCUGCCGUAUCCAAACAAUUUAUUUUGCCAGUGGCAGCUCCAGGGCCUCUCAGAACACUAUCUCACCAUCCAUUUUGAAGAUCUGGACCUUCAGAAUUCUGCUAGCUGUGAAAAAGACUUUGUGGAGAUCUGGGAAAACCUUACCUCUGGAAGUCUUUUGGGAAGAUUCUGUGGAAACAGCAUUCCUGACCUGAUAGACACUACUAGCAAUGUCGCCACAGUCAGAUUUGUCACAGAUGGCUCUCUAACUGCUUCAGGAUUUAGACUGCAAUUUCAAUCCAGCAUGGAAGCAUGUGGUGGAGAUUUACAGUUGUCCACUGGAACAUUUACGUCUCCCAACUACCCGAAUCCAAACCCACAUGGCUGGUUCUGCGAAUGGAGGAUCACUGUACCAGAAGGAAAGAAGAUCAUCCUAACUUUUAACGACCUCAGGCUAGAAGCUCACCCAUUCUGUGACAAUGAGCAUGUGAUUAUAUUCAAUGGCAUUAGAAGUAACUCACCUCAGCUAGAGAAGCUGUGUAGCAAUGUGAAUGCAAAUAAUGAGAUAAGAUCUUCAGGAAACACAAUGAAGGUUGUGUUUUUCACGGAUGGGUCCCGGCCUUAUGGAGGCUUCAUGGCUUCUUACACAUCCAGUGAAGAUGCAGUGUGCGGAGGGGCUCUCUCAAAUGUUCCUAGAGGAAACUUUACUUCACCUGGUUAUGGUAGAGUUAGGAGUUACUCAAAAAACCUCAACUGUGAAUGGACUCUCAGCAAUCCAAACCAGGGAAAUUCAUCUAUUUACAUUCAUUUUGUGGAUUUUUCCCUCGAAAGCCAUCAAGACUGUCAAUUUGAUGCCCUUGAGUUUCGAGUGGGUGAUGCUGAUGGCCUCCUGAUAGGCAGAUUUUGUGGUCCUUUAAGUCCUCAUGUGCCACUGGUUAUACCUUAUCCUCAGGUGUGGGUACACUUUGUCACCAAUGAGCUUGUAGAGCAUUCUGGCUUCCACGCACAGUACUCCUUUACAGGUUGUGGCGGAAUACAGACAGGUGAGAGUGGAGUGAUCACAAGCCCCAACUACCCAGCUGCUUACAACAGCUCCGCACACUGUUCUUGGUUGUUGGAAGCCCCACAGGGACACACCAUCACUCUUACAUUUAGUGACUUUGAUAUUGAAACCCAUGUAUCUUGUGAUUGGGACUCCGUCACUGUCAGGAAUGGUGGCUCCCCUACAUCACCCAUCAUAGGACAGUACUGUGGACAGUUGAGUCCGGGAACAAUACACUCUGGUUCCAACCAGCUGGUGGUGAUUUUUAACUCAGAUCAAACAGUGCAACAUGGUGGAUUUUAUGCUACAUGGAGCACACAAACGUUAGGUUGUGGUGGAAUAUUUCAUUCAGAUAAUGGUACACUCAGAUCACCCCACUGGCCUCAGAAUUUUCCCCAAAAUAGCAGAUGUUCCUGGACAGCCAUUACUCAUGAAGGUAAACACUGGGAGAUCAGCUUUAACAGCAACUUCCGAAUCCCCAGUGGUGAUGGAGAGUGUCAAAACAGCUUCCUGAAGGUAUGGACAGGAACUGAGGAAACCAACAACGCCCCGUUAGCCCAGGUGUGUGGGAAUGAGGCUCCUAGUCCCAUCGUUACCCCAAGAAACGAAUUCACAGCUGUCUUCCAGUCUCAGGAGAUGCCAGCCCAGGGCUUCUUUGCAUCCUUUGUAAGCCGCUGUGGACGUAACUACACUGACCCUACAGGGGACAUCAUCUCUCCAAACUUCCCAAGGCAGUAUGACAACAAUAUGAAUUGCAUCUACACCAUAGAAGCCGACAAUCAGUCUCUGGUCCUCUUGACGACCGUGGCUUUCCAUUUGGAAGCUCGCUCAGCCAUCACCGGAAGCUGUGAAAAUGAUGGCGUGCACAUUAUCAGAGGUCACAGUCCCUCAUCCACACCUGUUGCUACCGUGUGUGGUGAUGAGACCUUAGCUCCUAUGACCCUGACUGGUCCAGUGUUACUUAACUUCUACUCCAAUGCACACAUCACAGACCUUGGGUUCAAGUUUUCCUACAGCAUAAUCCCGUGCGGCGGUACAUACAACUACUCCACCGGGACCAUCAGGAGCCCUUCCUACUCAAUCAGCAACUACCCCAACAACAUCUUCUGUGUGUACACCAUCACCGUGAGAGAGAACAGAGUGAUUCUACUCAAGUUCAGUGAUUUUGAUGUGGAUCCCUCUGCCUUCUGUGCUCAAGACUACCUGGCAAUUUAUGAUGGUUCUACCACCAGAGAUCCAUCUCUUGGCAAAUUCUGUGGUUCCAAGCUUCCGCCAAAUAUUAAAAGCACCAAUAAUAGCAUAACCUUACUGUUCAAGACAGACGCUUAUCAUACAGCAAGAGGUUGGAAGGUAAUUUUCCAACAGACAUUAGGACCUCAGCAUGGAUGUGGUGGCUAUCUGACAGGUUCCCCCGAUAGCUUUGUCUCUCCUGAUUCUGAUUCAGAUGGAAGAUAUGACAAGGGUUUGAAUUGCAUAUGGUUCAUAAUUGCACCUGAAAACAAAUUAAUUAAACUCACCUUCAAUACAUUUGCUUUGGAGUCAAGAGCUAUUUCACAAAGAUGCACUUAUGAUUAUGUAAAGAUAUUUGAUGGGAGGAGUGAAUAUGCUGACUUGGCUGGAACAUUUUGUGAUUCCACUGUACCUGCUCCUUUUAUCUCUUCUGGUAACUCCCUGACAGUUCAAUUCAUCAGUGACCUGACUUUAGAAAGAGAAGGAUUUAAUGUUACAUAUACCUUUGUGGACAUGCCUUGUGGUGGAACUUACAAUGCAAUGCGGACCCCACAAAAUAUCUCAUCACCCCAUUUGUCAAACCCCAGCCUCCCAUUUUCUACUUGUACUUGGGUCAUUGAGGCACCACUCCAUCAUCAGGUCAAGAUAAGUGUGUGGGCAUUACAGCUGCACUCGCAAGACUGUGCACAGAACUACUUAGAGUUUCAGGACUCACCAGAGAGUAAUGGAAACUCAAGACUUCAGUUCUGUGGCACAAAUGUUUCAGCAGUGCCAGUGUUUUAUUCUUCAAUGAGCACUGUAAUUGUUGUUUUCAAAGCUGAAGUUUUAAACAGAAACUCUGAAGUGAGUUUUGCCUAUCAGAUUGCAGAUUGCAACAGACAAUAUAACGAGUCAUUUGGGAAUCUGAAGAGUCCAGGAUGGCCGGAUAACUAUAAUAAUGACCUGGAUUGUACUGUUGUCCUCACAGCCCCACCCAGCCACUCCAUUUCCCUCUUUUUUCAUUCCUUUGCCUUAGAAGACUCAAGUGACUGCUCACAUGAUUUCUUGGAGGUAAGAAAUGGAAGUGACAGCAGCUCACCACUGCUUGGCAAGUAUUGUGGGACUUUGCUGCCAAAUCCUAUUUUCUCUCAAAAUAAUGAACUACACCUGCAAUUUAAAAGCAACAGUGCCAUUUCUAAUCAUGGAUAUGAAAUCGUCUGGACCUCAUCGCCCUCUGGCUGCGGUGGGACUCUUUAUGGGGACAGUGGCUCAUUCACCAGCCCUGGCUAUCCUGACACCUACCCAAACAACACUCACUGCGAAUGGGUCAUCACAGCUCCUGCUGGAAGGAUUGUCACCGUCAGCUUUUUCUUUAUUAGCAUCGACGAUCCUGGAACCUGUAUCCACAACUACCUCAUACUCUAUAAUGGACCAGACGCCAACUCUCCCCCUUUUGGGCCAUACUGCGGAGGAGACACUAGCAUAGCUCCCUUUGUGGCUUCCUCAAAUCAGGUCUUCAUAAAAUUUCAUGCCGAGUACGCAGUCCGCCCAUCCGCAUUCCAGUUAAGGUGGCACAGCUAAGAAGGAAAAGCCAUGAGUCGACUGGGCACAUUGGCUCCAUUGUGGGGCCAUCAGACAUCACACUGGACAGAACUCAGCUACCCUUAUCCUGGACCCCUGCCUGUGCCACUCAGCACAAGCUGGCUUUCUUGGUUUUCACUGAGUGUAUGGAAUCAGUAUUUGUGCAUUUAUUUUUUUGAAUGCAGAGUGUAAUUUCUUUAGUCUUGGCUGUA